GUUUCAAGACAGUAGGAUUCUCAUUCAGCCUUUCCCCUUUGAUUCUCACGUCUCCUUUUUUUAAAUUUUUUUUUAAUAGAAGUCAGCUAUGAGAAACCACACGACAGUAACAACCUUUAUUCUUCUAGGACUGACUGACGAUCCACAAUUACAGGUGGUUAUUUUUCUUCUCCUUUUUGUUACUUACAUGCUGAGUGUUGCUGGAAAUCUAACCAUCAUCACCCUUACCUUGCUAGAUUCACACCUCAGGAUGCCCAUGUAUUUCUUUCUUCGAAAUUUCUCAUUUUUAGAAAUCUCAUUCACGACUGUCUGCAUCCCCAAAUUUCUUGUCAGUAUGGCAACAGGCGAUAAGACCAUUUCUUACAACAAUUGUGCAGCACAGCUAUUUUUCACUAUUCUCUUGGGUGCAACCGAGUUUUUCCUCCUGGCCGCCAUGUCCUAUGACCGCUACGUGGCCAUCUGCAAACCUCUGCAUUACACGGCCAUCAUGAGUGGCAGAGUCUGCCACUUUUUAAUCUUUGCUUCAUGGUUGGCUGGUUUCAUAAUAAUUUUUCCACCGCUCCUUGUGGGCCUCCAGCUUGACUUUUGUGCAGCCAACACUGUGGAUCAUUUUUUUUGCGAUGUAUCUCCUAUAUUACAGCUCUCUUGCACAGACACAGAUAAAGUAGAAUUAAUGAUGCUUUUCUCAGCCAUUUUGACACUCCUGGUUACUCUGGUGUUAGUGAUUCUCUCCUACACAAACAUCAUCAUGACUAUUCUGAAAAUACCUUCUUCUCAAAAGAGGAAGAAAGCCUUUUCUACGUGUUCUUCUCACAUGGUGGUUGUGUCCAUUUCUUAUGGCAGCUGCAUCUUCAUGUAUGUGAAACCCUCUGCAAAGGAAAGAGUGUCUUUAAAUAAAGGGAUAGCUCUGCUUAGUACUUCUGUGGCCCCCAUGUUGAAUCCUUUCAUAUAUACACUGAGAAACAGACAAGUGAAAGAUGCUUUUAAGCACAUGAUCAAAAAGAUGGACGUUUUCUCAGUGAAGCAGUGA